CGCCCGUUAAUGCGUGCGUUCCCGCAGCCCAAUAGCCCAUCGCCGUCUGACCAUGCUGCGCUGUUCAGCUGUGUUCCAGACCCACCUACUGCUUCAUCUCAUCCAUGAUCCAUCUAUAUAAUGCACUGGGCGCCAACUCAUGUCGUACCAUCGAGUGAUCUCAUCAUCAAUCUUGUGCCCGCAGCAGAGUUCUUGAUCUGACUCGCUUUGUAACUUCUUCGUGCGCUAUCAUUGUCUCCGGAUGAAGAUCACCGUGCAGUCCUCGAGGGCCGUCAGGCCUGACUACGGCAGCGACGGCGCGGCUGCGGGCAGCGCCGCCGGCGACGUCGUGACGCUGUCGGUGUUCGACAAGGUGAACUUCGACACGUACGUGUCCGUCAUCUACGUGUUCCGCCCGCCCAUGCCGCCCAACGCCGCGCUGGAGGCCGGGCUCGCCAGGGCGCUGGCCGAGUACCGGGAGUGGGCGGGGCGGCUAGGCGUGGACGCCGACGGGAACCGCGCCAUCCUCCUCACCGACGAGGGCGCGCGGUUCGUCGAGGCCACGGCCGACGUGACGCUCCACAGCGUCCUGCCGCUGCGGCCGACCAAGGAGGUGAGGAGCCUGCACCCGAGCAGCGACGGCGCCAAGGAGCUGAUGCUCGUGCAGGUCACGCGGUUCGCGUGCGGGUCCGUCGCCGUGGGCUUCACCGCGCAGCACCACGUCUCCGACGGCCGCGCCACCAGCAACUUCUUCGUGGCGUGGAGCCAGGCCACGCGAGGCGCCGCCGUCGACCCGGCCCCCGUGCACGACCGCGCGUCCUUCUUCGCGCCCCGGGACCCGCCGCAGGUGGAGUUCGAGCACCGCGGCGUCGAGUACAAGCAGAAGCAGCCCGCGCGCGUGAAGGAGUACGCGAUCAGCGCCGACGACGAUGGCGCCGACGACGAGGUGGCGGUGCACAAGGUCCACUUCAGCCGGGAGUUCAUCUCCAAGCUCAAGUCCCAGGCGUCGCCGCCGGGCACGCACCGGCCGUGCAGCACGCUCCGGUGCAUUGUGGCGCACCUGUGGCGGUGCGUCACCGCGGCGCGCGGGCUGCCCCCCGGCGCGUCCACCAGCGUGCGCAUCGCCGUGGACGGGCGGGUGCGGAUGACCCCGCCGGUGCCCGAGGGGUACACGGGCAACGUGGUGCUGUGGGCGUGGCCCGCGGCGACGGCGCGGGACCUGGUGACGAGGCCGCUGCAGCACGCGGUGGAGCUCAUCAACCGGGGCCUGGCCCGGGUCAACGAGAGCUACUUCCGGUCGUUCGUGGACUUCGCGAGCUCCGGGGCGGUGGAGGAGGAGGGGCUCGUGCCCACGGCCGACGCGGCGGAGACGGUGCUCAGCCCAAACAUCGAGGUCGACAGCUGGCUGCGGAUGCCGUUCUACGAGCUCGACUUCGGCGGCGGGCGGCCGUUCUUCUUCAUGCCAAGCUACCUGGCGGUGGAGGGCCUACUCAUCGUCCUGCCGAGCUACUUCGGGGACGGCAGCAUCGACGCCUACGUCCCGCUCUUCAGCCGCCACAUUGACGCCUUCAAGAACCUCUGCUACUCCAUGUCCCUCAACUAGCUCGGCUCUGCUCCGCGAGCUAGCAUACAGCCACGCGCUUGCUUGCCCUGCUGCCGCAGCAGCAAGCGGUGUAGAUGCACGUGUACUGCGAGCAGAUUGUAUGUCUCGAUCUUUAAGUUAAUUAUGAGAGAGGAAUUAAAUUUUGCUAAUCGUAUC